GCCAGUUUCAAAAUAACUUACGAGCUCGCCAGGCACCUGACUCAGCGACGCGUCGAAAUGCGCGCUUUGGCCGGCCGCGCUGGCAGGCCGUGAUCGGCGCGCGAGUGUUGUGCGAGUGUGUGCUCAGCCGGCCGUGCAAGCGAUUCGCCCGCGCACCAUGGGUCCCGGCGCCUGAAGCGGGGUACCACGCGAGCUUGACCAGCGGCCAGUGCCCGCUGCUCCAGCCGCCCGCAAACGCGCACGCCCAGCGCGCGCGCGCGCGCGCGCGGCAGCGCUUUUAUUCGGUGCUGCGACCUCGCGGCGACGCCGAGAGCUACUCAGUGCGCCAUGCUAGCCGCCCUGGCCGGGUUGUGGCUCUGUGGCGUCUGGUCGGGUUUCGGAUCCGCGGCCCUGACCAGCAAUGAAGUCACCGACAACCUGCUUGUGGAUACACUCGGGCUCAGCGGCAUUGAACCGCGGUACCUGGUGCUGGCGCCCCGGGUGGUUCGUCCCAACCAGGUGUACCGGGUGACAGUGACGCUGCUGUCGGCGAACGCGGCGCACACAGUGCGCGCUUCGCUGCAGCGCGAGUCCGAGGAGGUGGCCAGUGCCAAGGAACUCGUCGCCUCCGGGGAGACCGCCGUCCUGCUCAUGAAGAUUCCACAGAACGCCAAGCCGGGCAAAUAUCAGAUGCGCGUCGAAGGUAACGUCAACGGCGUUCUGGGUGGCACCGGUUUCCUUCAAGAACAAGACGUUGAAUUCCAAGCCCAAUUUCUCACCAUCCUCAUCCAGACGAACCAGUUCGUCUACAACUUCGAGCAGUCCAUUAAGGCCAGAAUUGUUCUCCUUACAACCGAACUGAAGCCAUAUGCGGAGCCGGUGGAUGUCUACCUCACGGAUUCUCGAGGAAUUGUGAUGAAGCGGUGGCUUUCUCAGUACCCAUACCUUGGAUUUAUCAAAAUCAACUUCGACCUUCCGUACGACUACGCGGUGGGCUGGUGGAGCCUCAAGGUAGUGGUGCUGAGCCAGGUGGAGGAACGCAAGAUCCUGCUCGAGCGCUGGUUCACCGAGCGCUACGACGUGUACGUAAACGUGGCGCCGUUUGUGCUGGAUACGGACGAAUAUUUCGAGGGCGAUGUAUCGGCGAACUACACUACCGUGGCGCCAGUGUUCGGCAACGCCACCAUCCGCGCCUACGUGCGCCCCACCUUGGUGCAGGACUACGAUCCGGGAAUCCAGGUCGUCGAGCCAUACCUCGAGGAAUACGUGCACGAUUUCCGGAUGGGCUACCAGUUCAAGUUCCCCAUGUCCGAACUUCGCGAUCUUGCAUCGCCCCACCCACUGGACAAAUGUGAGAUCGAAAUAAAGGCUGCUGUGGGCGAACGUUUCCUGGACGUCAUCGUCGACGGGUAUGCGCGAUCCCGCGUCAUCAACUCGUCACUCAGCCUAAAGAUUCUCGGUGUGAAGCCACUUGUCUUCAAGCCCGGAAUGGUGUUCUCCGUAUACAUCGCCGUGACGUACCACGACUUGGUCAAGCUGCCGGAGGAGAAACUGGCCAACUCUAACAUCUCGGUCAGUUUUACAACACAGGGUGGUGGUCGGGGUAUAGAGGAAGUCCAGAAGCAGCCCGACGAGAAAGGCAUGGCCAUCAUCGAUGUGGAACCGCCCGACGGCGCCGAGCGCAUCGUAAUCAGGGCGAGAUAUCAUGAUAAAGAAGACACAGUGGAUACAGAAGCACUUGCAGUGGCUCAGCAUUCGCCGAAAAAGAAGUACAUACAGAUAACUACGAGCACGACGAAUGGUAUUGCUGGCCAGUACGCCAUAUUCCACGUGCGCACCAACUUUUACAUCAAGUUCUUCCACUAUUUGGUGAUUUCCAAGGGAACGGUGCUCCAAUCUGGAGUGCAGAAAGCCUACGGCCUGGUCCAGACGAUAACCGCAUUCAGCAUUCCCUUGUCACCCGAGAUGGCACCGGCUGUGAAAGUGAUGGUCUACCAGAUAUCCAGCAACGGCGAUCUCACUGCUGACGCCAUCAUAGUUCCUGUCCAGGGUAUCAACCGAGGAAACUUCUACAUGUGGAAGAACUUGAAGCAAGACCGAUCUAACAACUUGAUUGAGUUGGUUCCCACGUAUUCUCCGGAAACUGUUGCUGGUCUGAAUGGACUGGAUAGCGACUUGGUGGCUGUGCAAGGGAAGAACGACUUGACACUCACGUCGGUAAUCGAGACCCUGUACCACAUGGAGGACCACUGGGGAAGCCACGUGCGCGCCGUGUGGCGGGACCGCGACGGGAAACCCGACAAGGCGGAAUACUACGUCACGCAAAACUUCGCUCCAGACGUGAACAAGACGUUCGCGUUCGCAGGGCUCAUUGUGGCUACAAACCUGAAUGUCACGACUCUUCAGGACUUGUGCAACGAGACUGCUGGGUUCCUUCCCUGCGUGAACGGCGAAUGCUAUCCUAAGAGUGGACGCUGCAAUGGAUACAAGGACUGCUACGAUGGAACUGACGAGGGAAACUGUGAAAAGGACGACUUAGAAGAUCAAAGUUUGUUCGAGUUUUUCUUGUACAGAACAAAUCGUUUUAACAACUUCUUCGACGCUACAGGAGGCAAUUUCGCCUGGCAUCAUGCAAUUACCGGGUCCUUAAAGGACAUAUACAUGCCAUGUCUUGUCCCUAAGGGUCCAACGUUGUACAUGUUCAAUGCUAUUGCUGUUAGCAGACUGCACGGCUUUGCCAUCCUUAAUGAGCCGAUAUACCACAACAGCUUACGGCCUUUCUACAUGACGUACGAGGCACCUACAGAGGCUGUCAUUGGAGAGCAAAUUGGCAUACGUGUGGUCCUCUUCAAUUACCAGAACUACUUGGUUCAAGCUGAACUUCGAGUGCUUGGAUCUGAAGACUACCGGUUUGUGCAAGUCGGACCUUUGGGUCGAGUCGGCUCGUACAGCCCCGUCACCACCAAGGGUGAAAUGCAGCAUGUGGUUUACAUCCAGCCUUUCAACCACAUCACCAUACACGUUCCGAUUGUGUCAGUGAAGAUUGGACAGGUUGAUGUGGGCAUUGUGGCCAAGACACAAAUAGCCCACGAAGAGGAUACUAUUACCAUCAACUUUCUCCCCGACGGCGUGCCACUGCGUAUGCACACGUCCCUGCUGAUGGACCUAAGAGCGCAGGCGUACAACAUCAAGUUCCUCGAUCUCAAUGUUACCGAGGACCCUAUCAUCCCCUUUGAGAGCCAGUAUCGGCGCUACCUCUUCGGAUCACCUGCCGCGCACGUAUCGGUCAUAGGAGACAUUGUCGGAACACCCCUAGACGGAGACGUGGAACCAGAGGAAUUCGGAUUCUCAGUGGCCACGAAAUCGGGCGAGCAUGCCAUGUUCAGUUUCGCCUAUCAAGUUAUCCGACUCACUUAUUUGCGUCUCACUGACCAGCUGACCCGUGACAUCGCAAAGCCUAUCUUCGAGAAACUGAACAAAGCCUACGUUUAUCAGAGUUCCUACUUCAAGAACGGUGCGUUCACCAUGUUCAAGAAGGAGCCCAGUGUUUGGCUGACAGCCUUCAGCUUGCGGAUGUACAUGCUGGCAGUGUUCCCGGAUUGGGAGCACGACAUCUACAUAGACCCGCGGCUCAUCACGCAAGGGGUCCACUUCCUGCUCAAGCACCAGGAUACCAACGGCGCUUUUUACGAAACCACACGGUACCCGUGGAACCGCAGGAUGAGAUCAGAGGCGCACAACAAGGACAAGAACAUCACCUUGACCGCCCAAGUUGUUCUCACUCUCUCAAAGAUUUCCGAUCUCACUGGAGGAACUCGUGAGCGGGCCAAUACAGCCAAGCGAGACGCAGUGCGCUAUCUGGAGACACAACUGGCUCAAGUGAGAGACCCGUACACCGUAGCCCUGACAACGUACGCCCUCUUCGAGGCUGGUUCCAGCGAAGCGCAGUUCGGCUACAACCUGCUCCACUCCUUGAAGAGAGACGCCGAGGGAGCCAUCUACUGGAGCAGCGUGCCCAUUCCGCCACCCGUGAUCGUGAUCCAGAGCCAGCGGCCGUACCUGAUUCCCCGGAUGCCGCACCCGGAGGACUCGUCUGCCGUAGAGGCCACGGCGUACGCCUUGCAAUCCUACCUCAAGCAGGGUGGCGUCUUCCAGGAUCAGAUUGUCCGCUGGCUGAACCGGAUGCGUUCCACCGACUACGGCUUCAUCGGCACGCAGGACACGCUCGCGGCUCUGGAGGCCCUGACGCAGUACUCAUUCCGAACGCAUGUCCGAGGCAUUACAGAGAUGAAAGUAACCGUGGAAUCUUCAUCAAACCCAGGAUAUCCCAGCACGUUGCGGAUAUCCAAAGACGACUUGGCGCGCAGAAAAGUAUUCGAUGUCCAACCCAAUGUUUGGGGUCACUGUGAUGUUCUGGCUCAGGGAUCGGGCCUGUCCCUGAUACAACUAGACGUGACUUACAACGUCGAUCGUGACUUCUUGUUAGUUCCUCCUGCCUACGAGGCUUUUGACUUGACGUUGGAGCCGAGGUUUUCGGGGAGGAACAGGUCACACAUCAACAUCCGCAGCUGUGUAAGGUGGACAUUGACCAACAUGAGUGCGGAGAGUGGAGCAGCUGUACUGGAGUUAGUCAUUCCUACGGGUUACGCUAACUACAGGCCGCAUUUGGACAACUACGUCAAGUCGGGCGAAGUCCCCCGACUAAGCAUGGCCAAAGUGCUUCCCAGGACUGCAGUUUUUAUGUUUGAACACCUUACAAGUGAAUGGACCUGCGUCAACUUCCUCAUCCAGCGGUGGUAUCCUGUUGCUAACUCGACGCGGUACCUGAAAGCCAAGGUGUACGAGUACAAUUUUCCAGAAAACUACAAGGAGAAAAUAUGGGAAAACUACGACCUCUACGUGCUGAGCAUCUGCGAAGUGUGUGGUUCCUACCAGUGCCCAUACUGCCCGCACUUCAGCGGUGCCAGCGUUCCCGCACUGAGCUGGACACUGCUAAUCGUGGCUGUGGUUCUCCUGGGCCAGGAACUUUGCUGCGCUAGAAGGAACUGCUGAUGAGUGUGUGAAUCUCCACAAUGCGUGCGUGUAAGCGAGAGUGAUUGCAGCACCGUCUUAAGACCUGGACUUAGUACACGCAUGGUGUACUGCGGCGAAUUUUAUUUUAAAGCAUACAUUUGUUCGGCGUGGUUUGACUGGGUGGACGCGGAAGGUGGUGAGCGUGUUCGAAACGGCGCCAAUCGUUGAGCGCUAAGGCACUGGCGUUUGGCGCACUUUCUGCGCAAAAGGUAGGCGGCGCAUUGGUUGUUCCGAAUGUUUGUGGCUUAACAAGUACUGCUUUGUUGCUUGAGGAUGCGCCUGGCUACAUAACACUGUAAAUUAAUUGAACCUCGGUGCGAUAUUUUCAAGCACGGAAAGCUUGUCGCGUACCGCGAAUGGUAACUCACGUGAAGAAGACAAAAUACAGUGCCAUGUGAUAUUAAUUAUAGCUUACAUGUACAAACGGUGCAGCGAAAUAUGUUACACACAAUUGUUUCAGAAGACAAGUUACAGCACCCACUUGUGGGCUCAUUCAAAUUUUGUCAUGGAGAUAUUUUUACACGUUUCUUUUAGCGCACGGCAUGAAGCGAUACUUUUCAGCUAGCGUCACAGUGCAUACUGAGGUAGACGUCGUUCAUAGAGUUGUCAUUAAGACAUUAACAUUUUUCAGCGUUAACUCACAAAUCAGUGGUCAGAUAACGUGUAAUAAGCUGAAAAGUUGAAGAUGCUUUAAGUGGUUAUAUAACCUAGAGAAGAAAACAGUCGGCUUCAUAAUAUCGCAUGCAUUCCAAUGCGAAUGUAUUGUCUUAAGAGCCGUAUGACGUGUUUUUUUUUUUAAAUUACUAUUGCAAGCAUCAUGUAUGAAAGCAUAUAGAACCCACUUAUCACGCUCACAAUACAGCAUCUUUGUAACGAGCCCGAUACUAACAAGGAGUGUGGGCAUAACGAUGAUAAUGCAAGAGAGUUAUUUCUACACAACUUAUAAUGUCGAUAACACAUCAAUGUACAAAAGUGCCCGAAAGGUCCUGUAUUUGAAAUGUAGUUCGUAGGCUACCUAACGCGAGUACUGGCUAAUCGUGGUGGUGAGCAUGUUAUUAGCUAAAGCAGUUGGCAAAAAGAGUCCUCAAGAAGGAAGAGCUUCGUGAAUUCGAACCGAUAGAGCAAACACUAACGGUGAUAAGCGAAACACUAGUAGUUCACGUCAAGUAUGCUAUUGCGUGACGUGCACGGUGCCAGCUGAUUAGCAUCAGUGAGUGAGACUUGCGCGUUGAUAUUUUCUGCCGAUCUUGGUGCACAAGCGCGUGAGCCCUGGUUUACAUAAUCAUUAGCGUGCAACAGCUGUUUGCAAGAACAGACUCCGUCCUACUGCUAAUGACCUAUACUAUUUGAUGUUACAGUAUUAGCAAAUGUGUAUUGUAAUAUCUAGGCUAAUACUGCAACGUGUAAAAUAUGGUAAUAGUGUGAUACGGUAAAGAAACGAGGUCUUUAGGUCUGAAAAAAAUUAAUCGAAUUCAGGUGUGCACGACCACAAUGUGGCGUGAAAGAAGGCAGAUAAUGACCAUUAGUUAUUGACCCUGUCAAUAGGUCAAUAGCGCGUGCUCAUUUCAUCAAUAGGUGGCAUGCGUGAUGAGCAUGCCAUCUAUCAUGCUAUUUGGGGUUAUUUUUAUCGCUGUGCCACGAGAUGACAGCCUCAUUACUAAUUUGUGCUGCUGGCCAUUCCUCGCAAAACAACGUGGACAGCCUUCAUUGCUUUCAAACUUAAUGUAUAGCGGAGUGUGCGAGUUCUGCAAAGCGUGACCUACAUACACAAAGAGCCCUGGUGGAUACAUGAGAAAAGUAGAGUAUAUCGCUGAAUGACUGAUGGACGUUGAGCGCUAAAUUGUGCGGGCCACGCGAAUAGCUGCUGGCGGAUAUGCUGCAAGACACCAGAGCAAAAACGUGUCGACUGUUGUAAAAAGCCUAACGAAGAGAUAUCGAUCAUGAAGACUGAAUCGUACUAACAGAGUGGCCGGCUGUGGCCUGUACGCCAGCAUCCGUAGGUACUACGUCGCGGUAGCGGCUAGGUUUCGCAUAUGCUUGUCGUAUAGCGCAUCUAGUAUAUGCGGCAUGACCAUGCGUGAUCUCAUUUCGGCGUCAGCCUGAGCUUUUCUUGUGAAAGAUGGGGCCAAAUCUUCCGACUGAACACUCCAGACAAGUGUGAUUCAGACUGUACGGACUUUGUAUUGAAAAAACUCUGGCAGUCGAAGCAUCGAUGUCAUUUGUAACAAAGUUUAAAUAACUGGUUUCGCAUCUAGGUCAGCAACCUUCAGGAACUUUAUUUUUUUUCUUGUGCAGCCUGGUUUAUAGGUUUAGUGAUUUCAAAUAAACAAGCGAAUAUUACUUAUGUUGAACGCUUAUUGCUGCUCUUGAACUUCAUCAUCCUUUAUUAAGCGGAAAGACUGUGAUGCCUUUGUUGAAUACUUAGCUAAAAAUAUUCGAGUGAAAUACAGGGUUCGUAACAUGUCAGGCAUUUCGAAUGUGUAACAGCCCGUGUCUAGCAAUUCUUAAUUUAUAACUUAAGUCAUGUUUCUCCUUAAAUGUCCUGGAAAUUUACUUGCUUAGAGACGUAGCAGCGCAAGGCGCAGGUACAAACUUGGUGUCGUCUUUUCCUCUACAGCAAAAGAGCAGAACGUUUGCCCCACUUGCUUGAAACCUGUUAGCCACAUACAAAUCAAAUGCGCACUAUUUAAACUGUAUAGUUAAACUAGUAGUACUUGUCCCGUACUAGUAUUAUAGAAACUAAUAUACAGACGAACUCGCAGCACCGCGUGAGCUGAUCAUAUUCAAACAGUACAAGGUAAUAAUUCAAACGUGCCACACCACGGCGUCACUGUCAGGUUGUGAUCUAGCCUCUGGCCGGGCUGUUUAGCGUGAUGAAAAAAAAAAAGAAAAAAACGCGAUGACAUUGCGGAUGGCAUUGUGUAUGAGCCUAUUGAUGCGUGUGUCUUUUGGUUGUGCAUAGCAUAAAUAUUAAUAGUCCAAUAUGCGAAACUGCUCAUACGCAAUAUCGCUUCGUGAACUGGCUGGUUCCCGAGCUAUCGCGUGGUUGGUGGGCGUCGGCUAACACCGAAUCGAUCUCACGUAGCUUCGUGAACCGUGCCUCAAAUUCUCAGGCUGUUUCGUUUGGCUUUGUGUUGUUGUUAUCUUUGGGGCAGUAAUUGUUAAUUAGCAUUAGCCACCACUGUUAGUUAUUUCCUUGUCCAAGAUGACUAAUGGACUGCGUUUAUUUAAGUUAUUCCUCAUACGUAUGCAAAGAGCUUUACGCAGUGCAUACAUAAAACCUGUAACAUUACGCAGAAGUGGUAAAUCUUCAUUGUUUGUCUAUACGGCGUAAAAUAGAAGAAAGAAAACAAGUUGCCUUGCCUGAUGCGGUGCCCAAUCUGUAUCAUAAUAAAUGCGCUAGUAAAUAAACAGUGCGUUUUUUUAGUACGUCAAAUGCGACCGCAGCAAUGAUAUGGCUGGCGCGCUCAUUGUUAGCGAAUGUCACACACGAGGUGCUAAUGAUAGCCCAAAACACUAAAGGUUGAACCUGCGUGCAACGUGGGAAUCCAGAAGAUGAAUUUAGUGCAAUUUAUGUGCCUUGCCGCAAAGCUAUUUUCUUGUUAUUGUUUGGUCCGGUGACUUUUUUGUGAAUGUUUUAUCACAUUUGCUGAGUGAAAUCAGCUACGAGGAGACUAAAGUGUACAAAUAUUUGCAGUUACCCUGCACAAUGAAUACUGAGUGGUUUAAAAAAAAAUAUGUACGCGUAAGGACAAGUACAAUGAAAAACAAAAAAGUGUAUUCGUAAAGAAAGGGGGAGCGGGAAGGCUGCUCGCCUCUUCGCAAAGGCGUAAAGCAUAUAUCGCGGGACAGCUAUAGUGCUAUAGGCACCGCUGUCGAAAUGCAUCACAGACGUACACCUGUACGAUAAACGUGUGGUUUAGACAGCAAUAAAUCGAAAGUAGACACUGGCGAAAAUGCACAGUGGACUUUUAUGAAUGACCGCAUUUUUUGCGCAUGAGACGGUCUUAUGAAUCUAACAAAAACAAAGAUGAAAACGUCACUUCAAAUGCCCCCUCAGUAUUUCGUUGCGUACAGGAAGUUUCAGAUAUUUGCACACUCUUGCCUGUUUGUACACAUAUUGUGCAGUGUAAAGAAUAAUGUGUGUCGGUGUAUGGUGUUUUGCAUUUUAUUUUACGGCAAUUUCUUGGAGUGAGUGCGGACUUUGAACACGGUUGGUGUUUUGCCAUUUUGUCAUGCAGCAUUACAUCAGAUUAUCGUUGUUUAGAACGAGGGAGAGCGCGAAGUAGUCGUACAUAGUGAUGGCCAUACUACGUCUUAACGUCGUGCAAAUUGCAUAGCUUAACAGCACACAAAUUUGUGACUGAAGCUCAUGCGAGCAAAUAUUAUUUCUGAUGGAGAAAAUAAUAUGCCCAAAUAUGCAGCCCAGAGAUUAGGCGAAAACAGAAGAGCGGGUAAUUAAGCUCCAGACCUCGCCAUACGUCCCAAAUCUUUUAAUUAACUCACAACUGCAAAAUUUAUUCUCUGGGUAACUUAAAGUGGAGCCUUCGUCCACUGGUGCGAGUGUUGAAGCGGGUGUUAGUCCAGAUGCCAAUGCAUAGACUCUCCGAAGAAAAAUUUCAGUUCAAAGCAUACUGCCUGACCUUCGGUUAUUGUUUUACUUUAGUUAGCCACUGUGUUGUAUUCUGGUUUCAGUCAAAUGAGACUAACUAUCAUUUGUUUUGUGCGCUGCCCAUGUUCACUGCAUGUGCAUUAGAGAACUUUAUUUGUCUCUAUAGAUUAUGUAUCUCACCACGAAUCUAUAUCACUGCCACAGCUGCACCAUGAAAUGAAUGUGUUGUUUGCUGCCAAGUGUGUCUGGAAACUACAACUUGCGAACCUUCGUAUCCAUACACAUUGGUUCUCGUUGCUACGUGUACAUGCGUGUUUUGCAUUCUUGAAAAAGGUCAGCCACUGAUGAAAUGUGUGAUGUCAAGGAUAUUACGUGCACCUGAAGACGAGGGUUUGCAUUUUCUUCUGGCCCCUGUAGGCCGACAUCGCGUGUAGAAAACUUGCACAAAUUAUGUAUGAUGUACAGAUGCAAUACAACAAACAAGAGUUUUUUU